AUGUUUACCACAAAAAAUUUGAACAACUUUAUCUCAAUAAACACGUAUAAAUUCCUGAAUAAAAUGAAUGAUGAAAUAAGCCGGAAUAUUCCUCAAAGUUCUUCACACUCCACACAAAAUAUAAUGAGUACUAAAAAUAGUAAUCCUGAAAUGAAUACUGAUGAUAAUAAUAAUAGUAAUAAUACAGUCCCAAAGUAUCAAGGAAGACCCUUAGCUAUCGCUGAAGAAUGGAUUCAAGCAACAGAAGCAAGAUAUGAUUCUAUGGAAAAUUUAUUACAAUCUGUCCGUCGUGAUAUUGAUGUCUUAACAGAACGUUUAAAUCAAACAACUCCAACAUCACCUGAAUUAAUUCGAUCAUCGAGAACAAUGUCGACAAUGAAGACGACACCGCCACCACCCCCAGGAACAACAAGAACAAAAUCAUCGAGACCAACACCACCACCACCACCACCACGAAUUCCAUCCUCAAUUUCAUCGAGUCGAAAAGAUGUUAUGGAUAAUUUUAAAUGUAUGGAUGACGAGCCGAUAUUAUUAUUGACUGAUAAAGAUGAAUUUAUGGAUAUACAUAUACGAUCUGUAAGAGAAAAUGUUGACUUUGAUAAUGAAGAGAAAUUAUUGGAUUGUGAUUUUGUACAUCAAGUUGCUGAUGCUAGUACAACUACUAAUGAUGAUAAUGAUAUUAAUAAUAACAAUAAUGAAGAAAAAUAUCUACAGAAAACCUGGCGAUCUCCAUCAGAUUUUAGUCUUCAUGAUCCAUUCUAUGAUAAAUCAUUUACAGAUGUGAAUAUGCACAGUAGAGAACGAGGAGAUGCCGGAGAUGACGAAGACGAGGAUGAUGAUGAAAUAAUUCGAUAUAAUUUUAAUUCACAUGAUCAUCAAUCAGUUAUUGAAACUGAUCUAGACGAUUAUAAACCUGAACAUCAUGAAAAUAGUAAUACUGAAUCAGAAAGCAGCAGUCUAUCACCAGCUAUUUCACCAACAUUUAGUAAUUAUGUUUCAGAUGAAGUAAAAUUACAUAAUAUUAUUAUAUCAAAUGAUGAUACAAUUACAUUCCCAAUCAGUGCUAAUUAUUCACGAAAUAGUAGUAGUAACAACAGUAAUAACCGUGAGGAAAUUGAGCAUAAUAUGCAUAGUAAUACUAAUGGUAAUAAUGUAUCAUUAAAUAGUGAAGAUUUUCAACUCUAUGAUAAUGGACAUUCAUUGACAACAAUCGAUGAAGCUUCAGAAGAGAAUGAUGAUGACUGGUCAUCAUCAGAACAUGAUUCACCAGUGAAUAAUAAUAUUCAUUAUACGACAACAACAACAACUACAGAACAACAGCAAGUAUUAUUAAAAGAGAAUAAUUCUAAAGCAUACAAGUCAAUACCUGACUAUAGUCGAAAUAAUCAAUUAUUGACAAAUCAAUCAACAAAUGAAGAAUUUAAAUUAUUGUCAUCUAAUAAUGCUAAUAAUAAUGUUGAACAACAUAAUAUUACAGAAACUGGUGAAUACACCGAUCUUGACAAUACCUUAAAGCAUAAAGUUAAUGAUAAUAAUAACUACAGUGAAUCAUUUGUAUUUCAUGCGAAAGAUAUCACUAUUAGCGAUUCUGGAUUACAAACACCUGAGCUUAUUAUAUUACGACGUAAAAAAGCAGGGAAUUCAACUGUUAAUAGUGAGAAUUGUAAAAAACAACAACAGCGUCCACUUUCCGCGGAUAUAUUACACACUAUAACUACGACUAGUACUAUUGCUUCCACGAGUGUUUCAACUACUGAUACUCCAAUCAUUAGUAAUAAAAAUAACAAAAGCUUAGAUAAAUCAGAUUCAGGUUCUUUAGUAUCCAUGUUAUCAACAAUAAGUCAAGAAAGUGUUGUAAGUGAAGUAGACUCUUAUGUAACUGUAUGUAGUCGAUUAGCUGGUACAGGUAGUGAAGAAGCCUAUACAACUGCACAAAGUGAUUCUGAUGGAUUUAUUGAUCGUACACUAUAUGCAGAUGUACAAACAGAUAAUGAUGAUUGUCAGACAUUAUCACGUAAAAAACCAAAAACAUCAACAUCAUCUCAUUAUCGUAAUAAUAAAUAUAAAAUUGAGUUGAGUCAUGAUGAUACAGAUAGUCAAUCAGCUUCUGAUAUUGAGAAGGAUGUCAGUGGUGAAGGUGAAGAAAUUGGAAAUGUUAUUGUUUAUGAAUCGAGGAAAAUGACACCAAUAUCAGCAACUGUUGUAACACCGAAAUUUACUAAAUUACCAACAAAACUUAUUGCAUAUUCUAGUGAAGUAAAUAAUAAUGAUGAUGAAAAUGAUGAGGAUGAUAAAAAAGGUUUAUCAGGAGAAAUUUUCUGUCAUGGGGAUAAUAAUAUGACACAAAAUAGAAAAAUGGAUAAGAAAUAUGAAGAAUUAUCAGUUAUUGUACAUAAUGUAUCGAAUGAAAAUCAAGAUAAUAACAAAAUGAUGAAUAGGCAAGUUUCUUCAACUCUUUCCAAGCGUAUUGCAUUAAAACGACCAAAUCGUCGAACCAAUACACCAAAAGGUAUACCAUCAGAAGUAUCUAACACUUCUGAUUCAGACAAUGAAUAUGAUGACUCAGCGCCGAAUUCACCUCCUUCAUCUCCUUCCUCUACAUCUUCAUCGAAUUCCGAUGAAUUAAAUGAAGCUCACUAUGACACUUCACAAUCAGAAUCAUGGAUGGAUAUAAAUUAUAAACAACUUGGCGGUAUUAUUCAACCUAACACUGUAUAUCGAUCAAAUUUAUAUUCUGUACCAAGUGAAACUAAAAAGAAACGAUUAUCAAAAAUUGUUGAAUCAAGUCAAUGUUCAUUAAACGAUGGUGAUGAUGACGAUGAUGGUAACGAUGAGAAUGAUUAUAAUAAUAAUCAAGAAUCUCAUUUAAAUCAAACUACCGAUUCUAAUCUUCUUGAAAUUACUAAUGUAAAUAAUCAGGCGAAUACUUUAUCUUCAAAUUCAUUAAAAAGAGAAGAAGCUGUAGUUGUAGUACCUAAAUUCUCUAAUACAAAUUUACCGCCACUACCCACAAAUAUAUUUAAAUCUGAUACGUUUAAACAAGAAUUGAUCAAUAAGAAUACAAGGGCGUUGACUCAAUCUGAUUAUUCAUUGGUUAAAAAUAAUGAACCAGUCACACCCGGUGUACAACAUACUAAAGACAAUGAUAAUGACAAUAUUACUGUCAAUGAUCAAAGUAAUAAACCUAUACCAAUUAAUUGUUUAAAUAAUUAUCAUAAAGAAGAAAGUGAAAAACUACAAUUGGAAAUAAUAGAUAAAAAUGGGAAAAUAUCUAUUAGGAAAAAUAAUCAGGAUGAAAAUUCCACCAGUCAAUAUGUGAAAAAUCCAAAUGAUCCUAUAAAUGAAAAUACUGAAUUGUCUAAGCCAAAUGAAAAUAUAUUGAGGAAUAAACUAAAUAAAGAAAACGAUCCUACUGAUAAAGACACGAGUGGAAAUCAAAAUAAAACAAUGUAUAAUAAUAUGAGACUACCUCAAUCAUCAACAUCAACAAAACAACACUUUUUCCCAAAACACGUAAACACGAAUGAUUAUCAAUCGCCAUCAACGGAAGAGAAAACUGGUUACAGACUAAAUGGACACAACCAAGUCAUUCAGCAUCCUAAUUCGCCAAACAUCUACUCAUCAAAUAUAUACGAUAACACUGUAACAGGAUCAUCAUACAGAGAUGAUAAAUUGCAAACCACCUAUCCAAAGUCCUAUCAUACGGAAUAUAGUGGUUAUUCACAGCCUCAGGAUGGUACAUCACUGAGGCCAGAAAAUCGUACGCUACACAUAAGGGAUGAAACAAACCUGAAAAAGCCAUAUGAUAUUCAUACAGUAUAUUAUAAUGAAACUAUUUAUGACAAUGAAUUAGAUGAAUGUAAUAAAUCCAGUAAAUCGUUUCCCCAACCUAAAAAUCAACCAUCAACAGCAAUAUCACCAUCUUCAUCAUCAAUCUUGGCGAAAUCACCAUUUAUUAUAGAAGAUCGUUCAAGGCAAUGUAAUACACGGGGUCAUUUAUUUCAAGAAAAAGAAGUUUCAACCAAUUCAAUGCCAUUUGUAACAGUAGAAGAAAUUACAUCUCAUCGUAAAUAUCAAUAUCAGCAUCAAAAUCAACCGCAUUCUGAAACAUUAACUGUGAAACAAGAUGAUAUUCAGCUGGCAUCACAGAGAAAAAGUCGUAUUCUACAAGGUGAUGGAAGUGAUUUAAGCUAUCCCAAUAAUGAUGAUUCUAUAAGAUAUAUACCAGGCCCUCUGCUACCUGACAUCCAGAUGCCACAGAAAACUUAUAUUGAAAGUCAGUCAGUAACAACAAUGCUAGAUAAAAAUGCUCAAAGUUAUAAAGGGAAUGAGACGACAGUAACAGACGUAACUGGAAUUGGUAAUGAUGAAGAGACUUACAAUUAUCAUUCAUACGAAUCUGUAACAGUUAAAGAUGAGACACACAAACCAGUAAUUAAGCCUGAUGAGGCUAAUAAAAGUUCCCAGGAAAAUUCUUAUCCUAUAUUACCGUCUCCUAAUUAUAAAACAGAAUCAAACUACAAUGUAAUAAGUGACGAAUCUGUUAAAGUAAAUGCAUCAAUGAAAAACCUUCAAUCCUCCAGUUAUACUCCUUCUACAAAAUUAACUCAAAAACCUACUGAAUUUGUAUAUAGACAAAGACAAAUGAGUCCAAGUCCACCUAGACAUCGACAUAUGCUUUCUUCGAAUUCACUUACAUCAAAACCACCAUCACAAUAUAUUCAACGAACAAAAUGGCAUUUAAAACCAAUACCAACUGAUGAAGAAAUACGUGAAAGACUAAGAAGUUCUAGUCGUAAAAGAUUUGAAGAACGUAAAUCACGUUCAAUACAAAAUCCACAACCAACAACAUAUCGUCCACGUAGUUCACGUUCCGAUUCACGUUAUCGAUUUACAGAUUUAGAUUCUGCUAUUGCUGAAUCAAAACUUGAUACAAAUGAAGCAAUAUUAUAUCAGGGGAAUACAGAAAGUGAUUCACAUUCAGAAGCAAGACAAUCUGCUUCAUUAUUUGAUUUAGAUGCACAAAUUCAUAAAUCGUAUACACCAAUUAUACCGAGUUAUCAACAUCAUACUGAAGUUUAUAACACGAUAAAUCAAACAGAUCAAUUAGCAAUGACUAAGUUUCUUGGUGAUACAAAAUCGUAUAGUUCUUUAUUAGAAACUGAUAUUGAUACUGGGGAAAAUUUUAAACGACCAGUAAUCCUUGAAACAGACCUAGAUAAGCUGAAUACACAAAUAAACGAUGGUUCAUUUGAUGCUGCUUUAGUUGAUACCUAUCAGGAUAGAACACGUAGCCUGUAUAAUCUGACUUUCACACAUACACCUGGUGUAUUUCGUCGACAAAGAUCAAAUGAUAUAAAUGGUGAUAGUAAAAUUCAACCGAAUGAAAUUGAAUUAAUUCAGUCGCCUGAUGGUCAACAAUGGGAAAAGGCUAAAAGUUAUCAAGGUCUUACAAAUGAUAAAAGUGAAAAUGACUCCCCGAAACCACAAUCACACAUACAAUUUGAAGUAGUAAAGAGUAAAAGAAAAGCAGCAAACGGUGGUGCACAAGGUUUAAUUGAUCGUUUAAAAGAGAAAGCCCGUUCAACGCAUGAAUUACGUGUGGCUCAAUCAUUAACAAAAUUACAUAUUCCUGAAUGGUUGGAUAAAGCAAAUUGUUUACAAACAUCGGAUAUAAUUACACUGACAGCUAAAGAACAUUAUCCAAAUGAAUAUAGAGCACAAGUGAGACAACCAAUUCAAAGAUAUUAUACUAAUACAACUUAUACACCUCGUACAACAAAAUCAGUUCUAUCAUCACUCAGGUCAUUGUCUAGUACUAGUAAACCCGGUGAUAAUAAUAAUAUUACCUAUUCAAGUAUAGGCAAUACAUCAUUGUAUAAAAAAGUAGAAACAGUAGCUGAACCAGUCUGGCCAAAAUCAGACAGUACACAUCCACCAAAUUUAUACGACCAAGUCAAUUAA